CCGACACAAAAAGUAGUCCGCUUUUCGAACACAUUUUCUUCGCGUCUUGUGCCGCCGAUCGGUUCGAUUUGACGAACUUUAACGGCGUCACGCGGACGCGCACAGGUCGAUUGCUUUGUGGCGGUGCCACGCGUGCCAGCCGCGCGCGCGAGUAGUUUCUCGCUAGCCCCUUCCUCCAGCUCCGCGGCGCAGGGAUACGCGCGGUGCUUCGGCUGAGCUGAAUGAGAUUGAAGAAGAGUUCUUCUUGUUUUGUAGCUUCAGUUUCUCUGUUUUUACACUAAUUUUUAACCAAAACUAAAUAUAAAAUACGGCAACAACAUAAAGCAGCGCGGGAAAGUGUUGAGCCGGACUCCUCCUCCAUGCUGUUGUUCCAUCGUGGAUCGGCUCCUUACACAUUUAUAUAUAUAUUUAAUUAAUCUAGAGGAGGACUGCUGCUGAGGCAGCACGGGGGGGUGGAGUCCAGUCCCGCAGCCAGGCGCGGCACUUUAAUGCUUCAGGUGGAUGGUUUUCCUCCUGGAGACGGCGUUAAGGCUGAUCGAUCAGCUGGCAGACUGACUGGAUCCAUGAUGGAGCUCCAGAUGUUACAGGAGGCCCUGAAGGUGGAGAUCCAGAUCCAUCAGAAACUGGUUGCCCAGAUGAAGCAGGACCCUCAGAACGCAGAUCUGAAGAAGCAGCUCCACGAGCUUCAAGCCAAGAUCACGGCCCUCAGUGAGAAGCAGAAGAAGGUGGUGGAGCAGCUGAGGAAGGAGUUGUUGGUGAAACAGGAGCCGGAUGCGAAGCUACAGCUGCAUGUCCAAACUCCUCCAGCAGGGGGCGACAUGAAGCCGGGGAACCUGCUGCAGAGCCAGCAGAUACCUGGAGGACUGCAGCAGACCCUGACGGUCACGCCGGUCCUCACCGCAAAGACUCUACCUCUGGUGCUGAAAGCCGCUGCCGCCCCGCCCGGCUCCGUCCUGCCGCAUCGCCCGCCCGCUGUCGCCAUGGUAACCACGGCUAUUCCCAAACCCGACCUGCAGAACGCCCCCAUCAACCUGCAGGUGGUCAGCAAGCUGACCAAUCAGAGUUCAGAGCCGGUGCGACUGGUGUCCAAGAACGCCAUGGUGGUGCAGGCCACCACCAUCACCUCCACCACCACCACCACCACCACCCAGCCAAUCAAAGUUCCUCAGUUUGUCCCUCCUCCUAGACUGAUGCCUCGACCCACCUUUCAGCCACAGGUCAGGCCGAAGCCAGCCACGCCCACCAACGUGCACAUCGCCCCGGCCCCUCCCCCCCCCAUGAUGGCAGCCCCCCAACUGCUCCAGAGGCCCGUCAUGUUGGCCACCAAGCUGUCGUCCUCUCUGCCCUCGGCGGCCCCCAUCCACCAGGUGCGCAUCGUCAACGGGCAGCCGUGCAGCAAGGCCGGCACCGCCGCGCUGACGGGCAUCGUCAUCACCACGCCGGUGACCGCUAGCCCCGCCCGCCUCGCCAGCCCCGCCCAGGCGCUGGGCCUCACGCCCAUCCUCACCCCGACCCCCGCCAAGCCCAUCCAGAUAAGCAGCCUGAUCGCCGAGCCCAAGACUGUUAAAGCAGCAGAGCAGAAGGUCGUCGUCAGCAUCUCCUCCAGCUCCUCCUCCUCCUCCUCCUCCUCUUCCUCUCCCCCGCUGUUGCCUCCGCCUCUCAGAACCAAGAAGGAGGAGAACCCAGAGAAACUGGCCUUCAUGGUGUCUCUGGGCCUUGUGACACACGACCACCUGGAAGAGAUUCAGAGCAAAAGACAGGAGCGCAAGAGGAGAACCACGGCGAACCCGGUGUACAGCGGCGCCGUGUUCGAGCCCGAGAGGAAGAAGAGUGCAGUGAGCUACCUGAACAGCCCUCUGCACCAGGGGACCAGGAAGAGAGGUCGCCCUCCCAAAUACAGCAGCGUCCCGGAGCUGGGCUGCCUCACCCCGACCUCCCCCUCCAGCCCCGUCCGCCCCCUCCCCCUGCCCAGCCCCAGCUCUGGGGAUGGAGACAUCCAUGAGGAUUUCUGCACUGUGUGCAGACGCAGUGGCCAGUUGCUCAUGUGCGACACGUGUUCUCGUGUUUAUCACCUGGACUGCCUGGAUCCGCCCCUGAAAACCAUUCCUAAAGGCAUGUGGAUCUGUCCAAAAUGUCAAGAUCAGAUCCUGAAGAAAGAAGAAGCCAUCCCGUGGCCCGGUACUCUGGCUAUUGUUCAUUCCUACAUCGCCUACAAAGAAGCUAAAGAGGAGGAGAAGCAGAAGCUGAUGAAAUGGAGCGCUGAACUGAAGCUAGAGCGAGAGCAGCUGGAACAGAGGGUCAAGCAGCUCAGCAACUCUAUAACGAAAUGCAUGGAGACCAAAAACAGCAUCCUGGCCCGUCAGAAGGACAUGCAUCUCUCCCUGGAGAAGGUCAAGCACCUGAUCCGCCUCAUCCAGGCCUUCAACUUCAACCGAGCUUUGGCCGAGACGGAGGUCAAGGAGGUCGACGCCAGAGACGCUUCUGAGGGUCCGGCUCGUGGCUGCGAGGCAGCGCUGGGGGCCGACUGCGCAGAGAAAGCAACGGGCGGAAGUCCUGCGACCAGCGGGGAGGGGGGCGGGGUCAACGCGGCGCAGGACCAGGACCCCACGAUGGGAGGAGACGCGAGGGACACCGCCGGCCCGCCGGCCCAGAAACACGCCGCAGACGAAGGGGCCGCAGGAAGCAGCGAGGCGGCUAACGCCCCCCCCCCACAGGCUGACGCCCCCCCCACACAGGCUGACACCCCCCCCACACAGGCUGACACCCCGGCCGCCACCAACGGGACGGCGCACCCCAACAACGCCACCAACUCUGAGAACAAGAUGGCCGGCGCCAGCCCUCUAGAGACGGCAGAGGAGGAGAAGCAGGAGGAGGAGGAGCAGGAGGAGGAGGAGCAGGAGGAGGAGAUCACCGACAACAACAGCAAAACCUCAGAACCCUCCCAGAAUUCUUUGCCAGCUCUCGUCAGCACUUUGGACGACAAAAAGUGACUUGGUCCUCCGAUCCAAAAGAAGACUCGCCGUGUUCUGAAGUUGCCAAUCUUAUAAAUGUUGUUUGUUUGCAUUGUAUUGUCAGACUGUGUCAAUGGUAGAUAUACAGCCCAGGUCCCCCCCCCCCCCAACCCCCCCCCCCCCGCCACACAGAGCCGGUACACCACGGCCAUCAUGCCAAUUAGUGAUGGACGUCUGUGGAGGGCAGAGGGAGAUUUAGUUCAUCAUCACACCAGUGUGCCUGUUACAGUGGGCCCUGUGUUCUCCUGGGGGGGGGG